UUUCAUAGUUUCACUUAGCAGAGACCGUUGUUACCAAACUUCUAAAGGAAUGGCGCUGAACGUACCAAAAUGGCUUGAUGAUAAAUUUUUAGGUUACUGUUUGAAUAAAGGAAAAGAUUGUGAAAAGAUAAAAUUGAAAAGUUUUAAUGUGUCUUCAGCAGUGCCACAAGGACUCAAUUAUUGUAGUUUACUCUUAAGAGUAAAAACAGAGUACAGAAGGAAGGACGAAGAGAUUGUACAUUGUUCAUCGUUGAUUGUGAAGAAACCUAUUGAAAAUACCUCGGCCGAUUAUGCUCAGACAGAACCAAAGUUUUACAACGAAUUCCUACCAGCUGCGUUAGAAAUAUCUUCAAGCAUUAAAUUUGCACCAAACACUUACUUUUCAACAAUUCCGGAUGUGGUAGUAAUGGAAGAUUUGUGCCAAGAGGGAUAUAAACUGGCUGACAAACUUGAACUGCUGGACUUUGACCACUGCAGGUUGUAUGCGAUAGCUUCAGCCACUUUCCAUGCAGUUUCAGUAGCUGUCCACAAAAAACAACCCAAACUGGUGGAAUCUUUUGGUCCGGACAAGUUUUUCACGAACCAAAAGUAUAUGGCUGGGCUCAAAAAUCUUUUAAUCGCUGGACUGAAUUACAUGGCUGAAAGAAUGAGAUUGUUCGAUGACUACAAACAAUAUGCUGAUGAUCUUCGCAGUUCCUCUACUACGAUCUGGAACAUGGCGGUUGACGCUCUGAAACCUUCAUCACCAUUCAACACACUUUCCCAAGGAGACGCUUGGACGGCAAAUAUGAUGUUCAAGUAUGAUGAAUCCGGUAAAGUAUGUGACAUCAAACUUCUGGAUUUCCAAGGAGUGCGAUAUGCUUGCCUUCUCGGUGACAUGAUUUUCUUCAUCUACACAAGUGCUAAUUAUGAUGUUCGAGAAAAUAGGUUGCAUGACUUAUACAGGGUGUAUUGUGAUACGAUAAACGCUAAACUUGAAGAGUACGAAUGCCCAGAGAGACUGACGUUUGAACAGCUGUUGGAGAAUGUGACACGUUUAAGUUCCAAAGCACUUCUAGUUGCGGCCACGUCUUAUCCGAUAAUAAGGAGUACAAAAUACGUCGAUACGAGUGCAAUUAUGUUCGGCGAAGUCGAUGACAGUGUGAUCACCCACGCUUUUGAUCAGUAUUACGAUGAUGAUUAUUGUGAAAAACACUUACCGAGAGUUCUGAAGCAGUUGGACACCGCUGGAGCCUUUGAUUAUGUUGUGACUCGCUUAAGAACGACACACACAUAGGAUAAGAGAAAGCAGUAGGCAAUUAAUUGCUAAAAGUUUCAAACUAACAAUAUGAAAACUUUGCAUUCCUUUCUUAGUUGAAACUUGUGAUUGACUGUCGGGUAGGGUAUAAAGGAAUCUAAUUUUAUGUAGUCACUCAAAUUAUUUGAUAAAAUCAUUGUUUUCUCUCUUCCUUCUGUCUCAUUACAAUACAAUGGUUUGGAGGAGGUUUAUAGUGGUAAUCAUAAAAACCAAUAGAUUUAGACAGUAAACUAAACUGGAAUUUGUAAUGGGUUUUAUUUAUAAGCGAAUCCACGCAGAAUUUGGAAGACUUGGAAGACGCAAAAGGUUAACAUCAACUAGAACUUAAUUAGAAUUAAUUAUCCAGUGUGUCCAAUAAUGUAGACCAAUAUUUUAGAAAGUGGUGUAGGACUUGAUAAAUCGAAUAGAAUAUGUCCAAAAAUUUAGUUCUGUGUGCCUUAUUUAUUUGUUUAUUUAACGGAAAACCAUUACAUGCAACUACAUUACAAUAAGCAUUCAAUUUUUGAAGGAAAAAAUUACAAAAGAAAUAUAUAUUACACGGAUGGCAGCAGGCAACAACAUUAUCAAACAAGAGUCCAUCGUGCAUGAGAGGUAUCCCAGUAAAAAAGGGACUUAUUGACAAAUAUUACAUUUUAAAACACUAUUAUACACAGAACUAAAAUUUUUUGUAAAUACUGAGUUUAUAUGAGUAAAAUAUUAAAACAUACACUAUUUACAUUUGAAAAUUGUGAGAGAUUUAACAUAAAUUAAUACCCUUGUAAAUUAUAUGUUGAUAGGUUUAAGAAAAAGAAUACUGAUUUUAUGAUAAUAAGUGCUUAAAAGUAUGUACCAUAAGUAGAGUGUACUACUUAUUUAUUUAAAAUUACAAGUUCUAAAUUUUAAUUGGUCAGGCGUACAAUAUUAAACGCUGAGAAUAAAGAAUUGUUUUUAAAUAAAGUAUAGCCCAAUUGGAUAUCUCGUUUUUAGUUCGCUGCAUCCUUAAAUGAAACGUAGAUUUGUAUAGCAGAGUGGCCUUAUGAUCAUUAUUGGUGAUAGAAGAAAAAUGUAUUUCGGAGAAGUGAGAGCGGUUGUGAUUAUAUUAUAGACAUGUUUCUAUGUAAUUUAUCUAUAAUGUUGAUAGACAUCAAAUAAAUAUUUCGUUUGUAGCUAAAACGUAUUAUGGCUUAACUUUAGCUAAGAGUAAAACCAAAUACAAACGCACCCUCCCGUAGAAUCCUCAUGAAUAGAAACAUGGCUUCACCAUGGCCGCUUCCUGUGAUUUUUGCAUAUAGUAACACGCUAAUUUAUGUGCUAAAAACGAGAUUCCUGUGCUUAAUAUCUAUAAUGGCUCCUAUAUCAUAAAAAUGGCUUUUCUAUAACAACUUUAUCAAUACGUCUAAAACUGCUGUAUCCGUACACUUUAUCUCAAUGUAUCACCCAUUUCAUAACUGUUUGUAAAUUUAUCACUGAUUGUGCGAGUGUUGUUGACUAAGUAAUAAUAUAAAAUUAUAAGUAAAUAGAUAACAAAAGACUCUCGCAGGUAGAUUCUAAUUAGAGCAUUGUAUGCAUGAGUUAUAAUUGAAAUUGUAGUAUAAAUUAAAUAUUAGAUUUAUUUUUCGUCUUACAUAAGUUUUAAUGCCCAAAUGAUUAAUUUAAUGAUAAUAGCUGGCUACAAUGGUUUAAUAUAAAUUCAGUUUUAAAUUAAUAAUUGUAUUUGUAUCCAUUUAAAUACGUCACAUCUUAAUAUUAUUACAAUAAAACCGUUAACCGUA